AGUGUUAUCUCAUCUAAUGUAAUAUUAUGAAGGGUUGUUUUUUAAUAUUCAGUCAUUGUUGUUUUCAGUGUUUCUAGUUUUGUUAAGAAGACAACGGAGAAGAUCAACACCCUCCAGAUGAACUCUGAGCUCUGGCAGCGGACUGAAUUCAGAGAGGGCGGACAGGCAGACAUCUCAGCCACAACUUCGUUCUCAGAGGAAAUGGACAAUGAAGUUUAUGAUGAAAUGCCGACCAUAGAGUCCGACAUGCAGGAACUUCGGUCCGCGACAGAGCGAGCUAUCUCCCAGAUUCAAGAUCCUUUGUUGCUGCUGGACCCAGACUGCCUGGGGGAAACUCUGCUGGAGUGGCUGGUGGUGCUGGAGCGAAUCCUCGGACCUGCUGAUCACGGGUCAGCCGCUGCAGGUGAUUCAAUAACAGAUAGUCUAGGAGAAGAGCGUUGGGAUUAUCUAAACGCCUGCUCAGAGCAACAAGAGGAGUCUUCCUUGUCGUCAGGUGAACCAAGAGAGAGCAUGACAGAGGAGAAGACAGAGGGGUCUCCUGAGCUCGGAGAAAAAGAGGACCGGUGUGACUCCUCUGAAAAAGAACAUGAAGUUUCAAAUGAGACUCGUCCAGAUCCGGUCCGAGUGGCGUCUCCUAAAGCUGUACCAACGGAUCUCCUGGCCGAUCUCAACCAGCUGGCCACGCUCUACACGGAGCUGAGCUGCUUCAGGAAGGAGGAGGAGGAGGAUGAACCAGCUUUGGGAUGCAUAGCUUUCCUGCGCCGCUACUUCUUUCUGCUGGACCAGGAGCGUGUGAGGAGGAUGUGUCUGCUGUGUCACCAGGAGCAGCCCGAGGUGCAGCGCUCCUUCACCGAGGCCAUGCUAGAUGUCACUCAGCACAGUAAGGUGGUGGAGGUGAUUCAGAGAGGAGAUCUGCUGAGGUCUCUGCGCAGUCUGAGAGAGCUGCAGCCCUGCGGUGCCCCCCCUCUCCUCGCUCACUUACACAGGCUGUAUGAGAAGCACGGGGAGGCGGCUGUGCGCUCGUUUACCCAGUUUUACCCCACGGUAACUCCUGCUGAUAUCAUGACCAUGGCUCAGCAAAGCCACUUCCUGGCAUACCUGGAUAAUCUGGUCCAAUCUCAAACUGAAGAGGACAGGUUGUCAUUUUUGCAGUCCCUUCUUGAACCAGAAUCACUCAGACAGGAUUGGCUGGAGCUGGCACUUACCCACGAUGCACCUCAACGCUGUGACACGCUGACCCCCGAUGGAGAGCCCAGGUGGCACUCUCACUGUUUCAGCUGGGGUUACGGACGCCUCCUGUCUCUCCUGAUCCGCCUUCCUGCAGAUCUGUCCUCCAAGCAGAAGAUGGCGGAGACGUGCCGCAGUCACGGAUACUGGACGGGCUACAUCUCGCUCUGCUGUGAGCUGCAGCGCCGCACCGAGGCGUUCUCCGCCAUCUGCCGGCUGGAUGACAUCAGCCUGCUGCAGGAAGCUGGUGGGGUGGAGCCUCAGACCCUGGAGGAGUGGAAGCUGUUGAUCCGGUUGUCUCAGCGCUGCAGCGGGGCCUCAGACUCAGAUCAGCUGACCGGUGUGAAUGGGAGCGGCUGGUCCAACGGCUCAGACGACUGUGGAGGGAAGAUGAGCCCGGAGACCCUGACCCUGAUGCUGGCUCGCUGCGCCGGGCCUGACCGCGCCAUGGCCGUCCUGGAGGAGUGCGGGGUGCAGCUCGACCUUUCGCCCCACUCCAAACUGGUCUGUGAGCUGCUGAGAGUGACUGAGAAGAGGCAGAGAGCGAUGAUCCAGACGAUGCUGGAGCGCUGCGAUCGGUUCCUGUGGUCUCAGCACGCCUAACUGAAGACCAGCUGCAGCUUCUCGACGUAAACAACAUAACCAACACUGAAAUGUACCUGCUGUGAAGCUGCAACCCAAUGUAUGCGCUGUAAUUAAUGUCAAAGCUUUCGAGUUCAAUGAAGGAACGUGUCUUCCCAGUA